AUGAUUAUUGAAUUACCAACAGAAUUAUGUGCAUUAAAAUUAAUUCAUUUUGAUUGUUCAUAUAAUCGAAUUAUUCGUUUGCCAUUAAAUUUACGUGAAAUGAAUAGUUUAAUUGAACUUAAUGUUGAACAUAAUCCAUUAGAAAUUCCACCAGCUUCAAUUUGUACACUUGGUUUGCUUCAUAUAAUGCGUUUUCUUCUUAUUGAAGCAAUAAAAGAAGAAAAACGACGUGGAAUUUUAACAGAAUAUGAAAUUAAUGAAAAAUAUAAAAAUUCAUUUUCAUAUCAAACAUUAAAAAAUUUACAAUGUGGUACAAAAAUGCGAAAAACAGUAGUACCAUCUGAUUCAGGUUAUUUAACAACUGAAGGAAAUGAAAAAACUAUUGGUGAUGAUGAUUCUGUAUUAAGCAUAUCUAAUGAACAUCCGCUUCGAAGUGAACCUACCCUUAUGCUUACUUUAGCUGAUGAAUUUUCUAAAGAAUUAGCCAGACAAAAAGCUGAAUACGAGAGAAAAAAAUAUCAAGCCCAACAAUUAAAACGACAUUUAUUACAACAAUUAGGAGAAACAGAAAAUCAAAGAGCAAAAGCUCGUGAAGUAGCUCGACGAUUACAUGAUGAAAAAUUGGCUAAAAUGGAAAAACAACGUGAAGAUGCUCGACGUAAAAUGGAGAACAGUAAAAAUAUGCAAUUAUUUAAUUUUUCAUCAAAAGAUGAUUAUCAAAAACCACGUUCAUGGUUGACAUCAAAUAAAGCAACAUUAACUCGUCAAUUAUCAACUAGUGAAUCAACAACACCAAUUCAAAUUCUUAAUGAAACAAUGUUAAUUAAUUCCAUGAAUAAUAAAAAUACCGAUGAUAAUACAUAUCAACGUUCAAUAUCAAUUGAAAAUGCAACUAUAGAUGAAUAUUUGAAACGAUCAAAUCGUGCAGUUAGUGUUGAACCUAAUUUAAUAUCCGGUGGAAAUGAUAUUAAACAUUUUUAUCAACAAAAAAUUUUACCAAAUGGUUCAACUAUACAAUAUGAUAGUACAAUUAUAACAAAUCGACAAUUUACUUUAAGUUCAGAAACAAUGGAUCAAUCAACUACAUCAUCACAAAGUUUAAUGGCAAGUCCAAACAAUGGUUAUACUCGAACGGAUCUAUCUGAUAAAUCAUUAUCACCACAACAAAAUCGAUUAACUAAAUUACGCUAUUUUGAUGAUCGUCAAAUAAAUUCUACUGUUGCGAAUGUACCUGGUUUUCAUAUGCAACCAAGAAUGAAUUCACUAACAAAUGGACAAUAUCAACAAUCUCCAUUAGAUAAUCCAGGAGUUAAUCCAGCAUUUACAAUACGUCGUCAUUUACUUCAAGCUAAAGAGGAUUAUAUGUUAAUAGAACAAAUGAAAAAAACAAUAGAAGAGCUUGUAAAAGUGGCAUUACCCGAUGAUAUAACGUAUGCAUUAAGUGAUGGUGUAGUACUUUGCCAUUUUAUUAAUCAAAUUCGGCCACGUGCCGUACAAAGUAUUCAUGUACCUUCACAAGCAGUCCCAAAAUUAUCUUUAGCUAAAUGUCGACGAAAUGUUGAAAAUUUCAUUGAAGCAAGUCGUCGUUUGGGUGUACCAGAAGCUGAUUUAUGUACUCCACAAGAUAUAAUUGAAGAAAAAAAUACGGUGCGUUUAGCUCGUCAUAUUCAUUUAUUAGUUUCACCAGAAUCUUAUGAACAAACAAAUGUUUAA